CUACUCCCAACAUGCACAGCGGCUUCGGUCCGUCCGCCUAUCCCCUUGAUUUUGGAGGGCCCCAGCGUGCCUCGAGGCACGAAAGGCAGCCUGGGGGUUGUAGUUCUCGUGGACGCCUACCGGUAUUGCCAGCGCGGCAGUGGCGGCUUUCUCGGUUCGGUCCAGCGGGUCUUGUAAGGUAGCUGAGACGGAGAAAGGGCGCGGAACUGGAAAAGGGUGAGUCAGGCACUGUCUACGCGAUAAAGGGAGGCGGCGCCGCGGCGUAGAGCUGAGUUAAGUAAGUGCGGCCCCUGCUUAUUCAGGGACGCCGCGAUCUAGCGCCAGCGAGAAGAGGGCGAGGAGGAGCCAGAGCCCGGUCCUUGCACCCAUUCUCGCCCUCGCACCCCGCCGCCAUCUCCAUCAUGCAGUCCCGGGAAGAAGCUCCGCGCUCUCGCCGCCUGGCCAGUCCCCGCGGCGGGAGGAGGCCCAAGAGGAUUUCCAAGCCUUCAGUUUCGGCUUUUUUCACGGGCCCGGAGGAGCUGAAGGACACGGCUCAUUCUGCAGCCCUGCUGGCGCAGCUGAAGUCUUUCUACGACGCGCGGCUGUUAUGUGAUGUGACCAUAGAGGUGGUGACACCUGGCAGCGGGCCUGGCACCGGCCGCCUUUUUUCCUGCAACCGUAACGUGCUGGCUGCCGCGUGUCCCUACUUCAAGAGCAUGUUCACUGGUGGCAUGUACGAGAGCCAGCAGGCGAGCGUGACCAUGCAUGAUGUGGAUGCCGAGUCCUUCGAGGUGCUGGUCGACUACUGCUACACAGGUCGCGUGUCGCUAAGUGAGGCCAACGUGCAACGCCUUUACGCGGCCUCUGACAUGUUGCAGCUCGAGUACGUGCGGGAAGCUUGUGCUUCCUUCCUAGCCCGCCGCCUUGACCUGGCCAACUGCACUGCCAUCCUCAAGUUCGCUGAUGCCUUCGACCAUCACAAGCUGCGAUCACAGGCCCAGUCCUUCAUCGCCCACAACUUCAAGCAGCUCAGCCGGAUGGGUUCAGUUCGGGAGGAGAGUCUGGCAGACCUGAGCUUGGCCCAGCUGUUGGCCGUGCUGCGUCUGGAUAGUCUAGACAUAGAGAGUGAGCGGACAGUGUGUCACGUAGCGAUGCAGUGGUUAGAGACGGCUCCCAAGGAGCGCGGUCCCAACGCUGCGGAGGUCUUCAAGUGUGUCCGCUGGACACACUUCAGAGAUGAAGAUCAGGAUUACCUGGAAGGGCUGCUGACCAAGCCCAUUGUGAAGAAGUACUGUCUGGACCUUAUCGAAGGGGCCCUGCAGAUGCGAUAUGGUGACAUGUUGUACAAGUCUGUGGUACCAAAGCCAGAGAGCAGCAGCAGCUCUGUUGUAUCUGUAGCAGAAAAUCCACCUCAGAGACUGGGUAUGUGUGCCAAGGAGAUGGUGAUCUUCUUUGGACACCCUAGAGACCCCUUUCUCUGCUAUGACCCAUACUCAGGGGACAUUUACACAAUGCCAUCCCCUUUAACCAGCUUGGCUCACACUAAGACUAUCACCUCCUCAGCUGUCUGUGUCUCUCCAGACCAUGACAUCUACCUGGCUGCCCAGCCCCGGAAAGACCUGUGGGUGUAUAAGCCAGCCCAGAAUAGUUGGCAGCAGCUUGCCGACCGCCUGCUGUGUCGCGAGGGCAUGGAUGUGGCCUACCUCAAUGGCUACAUCUACAUCUUGGGUGGGCGAGACCCGAUUACCGGCGUUAAAUUGAAGGAAGUAGAAUGCUACAGUGUUCAGAGAAACCAGUGGGCACUGGUGGCUCCUGUGCCCCAUUCCUUCUAUUCCUUUGAACUAAUAGUGGUUCAGAACUAUCUUUAUGCUGUGAACAGUAAGCGCAUGCUGUGCUAUGAUCCUAGCCAUAAUAUGUGGCUGAACUGUGCUUCUCUUAAACGUAGUGACUUUCAGGAAGCCUGUGUCUUCAACGACGAGAUCUACUGUAUCUGUGACAUUCCAGUCAUGAAGGUCUAUAACCCAGCCAGGGGAGAAUGGAGGCGGAUUAGUAAUAUUCCCUUGGACUCAGAGACCCACAACUACCAGAUUGUCAAUCAUGGCCAAAAGUUGCUUCUCAUCACUUCUACCACCCCUCAGUGGAAAAAAAACCGGGUGACUGUUUACGAAUACGAUACCAGGGAAGACCAGUGGAUUAACAUAGGUACCAUGUUAGGUCUUUUGCAGUUUGACUCUGGUUUUAUUUGCCUCUGUGCUCGCGUUUAUCCUUCCUGCCUUGAACCUGGGCAGAGUUUCAUUACUGAGGAAGACGAUGCACGGAGUGAAUCUAGUACUGAAUGGGACUUAGAUGGAUUCAGUGAGCUGGACUCAGAGUCAGGAAGUUCAAGUUCUUUUUCUGACGAUGAAGUCUGGGUGCAGGUAGCACCUCAGCGAAAUGCACAGGAUCAGCAGGGUUCUUUGUAAAUAUUUUGAAUCACUAAGAUGUUUCUACUGCUAUGGAAUGUAUCUUUAAAAGAUAUCCUUUCCUUUUCCAAAAAAAAAAAAAAAUGUUGAUUAGGACUGCAGAUUUGGUUUAGAAAGGGUUAUGUUUGAAUUAUUAAUGUAAUGUUACAAAAUUUUAACAGUCCAGGAGAUCAAACUAUAUAAUAAUUUACUGUGCUAAAAGUUGAGAUUAAAAUAUGCAAAAAACAAACUAUAUAAUUGAUUAGAAUGCUUGGUGGUUUUUUUCAUUGUUUGAGUAUUUGUUGCACCAGUGGAUUGUUUUGGUUAGUUACACUGUUUAUAUUUUAACGAUCUACCUUAGUCUUCUGUUAACUUCAUAAUUCUGUUUAGUGCUGCAAGGAAUUUAACUUUUUAAUUUUCAUAGUAUAAAAUUGGACUAGAAGUUGUUUGUAGGGAGUUGAAGGUUUAUAUUUUCCUUCAGAGUAAUGAAAGUAGAUUUCCCAAGUUUUGAACUAGCCAGUUUUUAGUAUUAUAAGUUAAUAUAGUUUGUUCAAUUUGGUUUGGUUUUCUCCUCAAUGCAAAGGAAAAAAUCGGAUAUAUAUAGAGGUUAUAAAAUAGAGAUUUCGUUUUGAUAAUGUGCAGAAUGGUCUUAAGCGAUCACAGAAAGUAAAAAAAAAAAAAAAUCAGGAUUCUACUGCUUUAAAAGAAAUUUCACUUUUAAUUUUGGAAUAUAAAAUGUAUUUUCUAAAAGUGACCAUUUUUCUAUCUUAAAAAACAUCCAUUCUGGUAGUGUCACCAAUUAUUUAAACACCCUUCUAAACCAAAGGAAAAAAAAGAAAAAGAAAAAGUAACUUGCUUUGUAAGAUCAUAUUUUUAAUCUAUCUCUUGUACAUGCUUCAUUGAAUCAAAGGAACAAUCCUUUUGUUCACUGGACAUAUGCUUGAGUAAUGUAAAUUUUUAUCCAUUGGUCAUUCCUAGUCUUAAAAAGUUUAUAUGCUCUCCUAAAAUAUUUUGGCUGUAUAGUUUUGGUGUUCAUCUUAGAGGAUUCUUCAGCAGGAAAUGAUUUAUUCUUUACUGUUUUUGUGAGGUAAUACUGGUUUUGAAAAUACGUUUAAGCUAAAAAGAAUAUUUUAUUGAGAUCAGUGGUUGCUGCGUCUAUCAACUCUAAAAUCAAGUGCCAGCAGAGAACUUUAAAACUUUAAGCUGUGUAUGGAGCUGUUUUGUGUAGCAUUGAAAUGUUCUAUCAAGUUUUGUCAGUCACUGUAUAUGAUUAUCAGCUUGAAGGUAUUUUUGUAUUAAAAGUUGACAGUUAAAGAACAUAAGUGGAUGAUGGCAUUUGGGGCCAAUAGUGAAAGUAUGUUUCCUCUAAAAUAUUUCCCUAGCAGUGGUAUAUAUACAUGGUUAUUUUAUUAGGGUAUUUCUCUGUGAACCAUGCUGCAGUCUUUGUUUUUUGUCUCUUUGUUUGUUUUUGUAUCACCAUAAAGUAAGGGAAAAUCCAGAAAUAGAGACUAAAUCACACAAAAUUGAUCUUGUUAAAUACAGAGAAAUAUAGGUGCUUA